AUGCAUUCCUCCGAUAGCAUCGACGAAAAGAAACUAUGGCAUGAGGCGGAGGGUCUCCGUCGCAUUGCCUUCUUCGGCAUUUGCAUCAGCACUGUCGCUACUCUGACCGCCAUCGUUGCUAUCCCAGCCCUGUACAACUACAUGCAGCACGUGCAGUCUUCCCUGCAGACCGAAGUAGAUUUCUGUAAACACCGAACGAAUGGUCUUUUCAACCAGUACGAGCGCAUGCAGCGGAUCAAGGGAGUCCGAGGAGGGAUCGUGAAACGUCAAGCNCUUGCUGGACCUCCUGGUCCACCAGGUCUUGACGGUCCAGAUGGAAAGGAUGGUCAACCAGGAGCAAAUGGAGAGCCCGGUACUGAUGCUGCACCUGAUGCAGUGCCUACUGCUGAUGACUUCUGCUUCGACUGCCCUGCUGGACCCCCUGGACCACCAGGAAAUCCAGGACCCAAAGGACCCAACGGAAACCCUGGAGCCCCUGGACAACCCGGACCCGACGGCCAACCUGGACAACCUGGACCUCCCGGACCACAAGGACCACCUGGCGCUGAUGGACAACCCGGUCAACCUGGUCAGCAAGGAGCACCUGGAAUCGUUGAAGAGGUUGCAGUUCCAGAUGGGCCAGCUGGACCUCCAGGACCACCAGGACCACCUGGACCUGAUGGACAACCUGGAGCACCCGGUCAACCUGGACAGGAUGGGCCUCAAGGACCACCCGGAGACGCUGGACGAGAUGGAGCACCAGGAAACCCAGGAGCUCCAGGAGAACCAGGACCUCUCGGAGAAUCUGGUGCCGGAGGUGGUUGCGAUCAUUGUCCUCCUCCCCGAACUGCUCCUGGAUAUUAA